AUGUCCGACAACGUAGGCCUCUCGACGCCGCGCGGCAGCGGGACCUCGGGCUACGUGCAGCGCAACCUGGCGCACAUGCGGCCGCGCGACCGCGCCGCGCCCUACCCGCCCAAGGACUUCGACCAGAUGCGGCACCGCCAGCGCCAGCCGGACCAGGGCAUCCUGGAGCACGAGCGCAAGCGCGAGGUCGAGGUCAAGGUGUUUGAGCUGCGGGACCAGCUCGAGGACGAAGGCAUCGAAGAAGAAGAAAUCGACAAGCGCUGCGCCGUACUGCGCAAGGAGCUACAGGCCAAGCAGGACAGCAACAAGGACGGCCCGCGGCGGGACCUCAAGUCGCACCAGGUGCACGAGAUGGCCGACGCCAAGAUCAAGGAGAGCGAGCGGCUGCGGAGCGCCCUCAAGAUCAGCAAGGACUACGAGGAGGGCAGCCACUGGAAGCGGCAGGAGGACCGGCUGCGGAAGGCCCUGGAGAGGGACGAGGGCGCCGCCGAGAAGGGGAGGGGGAGGGAUUGA